AUGGCCCACCCCGUUCAUGGAAGACGAUCGGCCAGCGACAAAUGGCCACCGUCGCUUCCAGACCAGCAGGAAACUCUGGUAGACAAGACAUUUGUGUUCGGUGCUGAUGAGCUUAUUGCUUCCACCUUAGUUGGGCGAGGCAGCUUGCUUCACAAGCCUGGCAGGCUAGUAACGCUCAAAACUCGUUCUAUAACUUCAAAGAGCUCAGACUCUGAUGAGAAUACACACGCAGAAGCUGCUGGUGGUAUCAGAGUCGUGAGCACUCCUGGGCGUUUCUUUGGCGAAAGGGACUGGACACGCUCUACAGUCAAGCGCAAACAGGACCAUGCUUCAUUAGAUGCCGAUUUUGAUGAUCAUUCUGGGCACAAUCAUCGUGAGCGCCACAGGCAUCGUCAAGUCAAGAAAUGGCUGGAAGAUGAUGAACCGCGUGAUGACGUUCCGCGUCGUGCCAAACCAGGUAGACGAUCACUCGGCCAUGGUCGGCCAGUGAUAGGAAGGGUUGGCGAUGGUGACAAGCGACCCCGAGCUCCUUCUGGGGGUUCUCGCUAUGCAUCGUCGGGUACACAGACAGCCGGCGGAUCAGCAUCGCCUCCUGCUGGCGAUAGACCUGUCCUUCCCGGACAGACUGGAGGUGACAAGCCUGUAAGGACUGGUUCUGGUAGUCCAUCUACGAGCUUGCCCACCACAGCUCCAAUAUCAGGAAGCGUGCAGGCACCAAGCGGAGGAUCGCCUCCAGUCACGGCAGUUGAUCCAAGAUUGGCAAAUCCUCCUGCUGGCCCUGUGGCUCCAGGAACAAUUGCUGGACCUGCCGUUCCUGCCGUCAAGCCUGAUGUUCCUAUCCAGUCAGGACCGGGUCUUCAGCAACCUGCCCACACUGGAGGUUCUGCAACUUUACCUGCGGCUCCUCCAGCAUCGAGUGGACAAAACAUCCCACCACCAGUCUCUGUCCCAGGUGUUCCAGCUGUUCAGCAACCUAACCGUCCUGGAGAUGUAGCAACUCUACCUGUGUCUCCUCCAGUAUCGAGUCAGCCAAAGGUCCUGCCACCAACGUCAGCUCCCGCUGGGCCAGCCGUGACGCCCAUUACAAACCCAGCUACAACCGCCCCAGGCUUCCCUUCUCCUCCGCAACAACUCAUACCCCUCAAAGACCAAUACAUGCUCGCAGCAACGGGCCAGACAACUCAAAUUCGCAGUGCAACGCCGGGUAUCAGCGCUGGUACUGUCCCGUCUGACCACAUCGUCUUCUCAACCCCAGACACCGGCACACAAGCGUUUCUGACCUCGUCAGGACCCAUAGUCUUUGAGACUUCCCUGGAAGAAAUCAAGAAAAACAUAAGCGAGUUCCCGCUGUCGCUGAGUGAUCCUCUGAGACGCGACUUUAGCGCAGCCUGGAAACUUGAUGAGAAUGCAUCUUACCUUCAGAGUGCUGAUGUCAACUUGAAACUUGGCUCAGAUGGCAAAUCUCUCGAAAUGACCGGGCUCAAGGUCAAGGUAUCCAAAGAUACAAGCGCUCCGCUCGUGUUCUCUACCGAUGCCAAAGUGCUCAACGACGAGUUUGAAGCGGGCUUCUCUCACGGUUCAAAAGAUACCAAGAUUACCACGCUUACUGGCAUUGAUCGCUACCCCGGCCAUCUCCUACUCGGGUUGGAGACAGGCUCUGCCAACGGUGGCUUCAAGGAUCUUGCAGAUCUUUGUGCAGUGGCUCAUAUCAGCCCCAAGCCUUGGCUUAAGAUGUUGCUUAAAGAGACCGCAAUCACAUUCGGUGCUUUGGCUGGUACGCCAGCUCGCAACGCGAUGUGGUAUAUUCCCGGUUCAGGAUCUAAAUGUUGUUUCCGACUUGAGGCUUCUCUCAAUCUGGGCGGGAAACUAGCAGGUUUACUGAACAAAUACCUCGCUGGCUGGAAUGAUCACAUUCCCCCGCUAUCUGUCAUUGCCAAGAGGACUGUGUCACUAUCCUCUGGUCCUUGGGGAGACGCCUCCACUAUCGGCGAGCUCACCAUCGCUGCAGAGCCAGACAUCAAGGGCGAGAAGCGCGCUAUGGGUAUGUACGUGACCAUAGGAGAAGAUCACAUCAAUGUGUUCUUCGUCUGCUACUCGAAAGCGCUUCAGUGGGAAGCUCUCAAGGCUUGGGUCAGAAAGAGCUGCAGCGAAGUAGGCGCUGCCAUUGACGACUUGGAGAAAGUCCUUCUUAAUACUGGUCAUGGCUCCAAGGCUCAGAAUACGAGCACUUCUCAUAUAUACUGGAGAAAGGCGACAGUCACUCUUCUGAACGACGGGAAGGGCGGUGUAAGUCUUGCCGGCAUGCGCCUGGAGCUGGAAGCUUCUAUGGAAGUGCUUGUUCCCAAGGAUAAGCAUUCAGUCUUCACUUUGGACUUCAUCUGGACUAAAGGUACUGGAGAGUUCUCAGGCGAAUGUGAAUUUAGUGGUGUUGGCAAUGUACUAGGAAGGGGUGACCCGCCAUUGCAGUACUAUCUCGACUACGAGCGGUGGGAUCAGUUCUCCUAUCUUGAUCCGUCGGAGCCGUUCAUGUCGCUACGUUACCUCGACAGUAGCCUCGUACAGAACUUGCCAUUUGGUAUUCCCACUGAGAUUACCGAAGCUGAUCUCUACGUUUCUAACAAGAGUCUGAGCAUCAGUGGUCGUCUUGAAGCUUUGAUUGGAAAGCCAACCGAGACUUCUGUCGUCUCUGAUCCUUCGAAGAUACCGUCUCUACAGAUCGCUCAUACUAUGCUGGGCUUCUCAGUCGACUACACCUACGCUUCAAAAGAGUUCAACAUCAUGCUUGAUGGGUCCAUCUCCCUUGUGCCCUUCAAGGAAGGCGAUCCCCCGCCAUCGCUGGAGGCCAUGAUAAUGUAUUCGUCACAAGAGAGCCAAGUCGCGUUCUCUGCGAAUGCAUCAAGCAUUCCCAUGACAGCUCUUCACUCUUUAUUCGCUGCAGGCGAAGAGAAAACACAUGCGAUGUCGAUCUUGGAGAGGAUUGAGCUACAGCGCAUUGCUCUUGAAAUCACGGCCGGUAAGGGACAGCCAGCUCGGAUCAUCUUUGAAGCGGACCUCAAGAUCGCCAGUAUUCUACUGGAGACAAAAUUCUCGCGUACAGAUGCCAGUAAUUGGAGUCUAACUGCCGAAUUACAUAAAGAAAACACGCCUGCUGGUAAGGCGUCGAAGCAGUUCACACUCGGCGAAGCUGUGCAAAAGCUUCUGGGCCAGGAAGUCCUAGACAUCCUUCCGGGUUUUGUGACAGGAACGACUUUCAAGGCAUCUGAGCCUGGAAAAGACAAGUUUGACAUUGUAGUGACUCGUCUCAAUGGCGCAAAGUCACAUCUCGUUCUCGGCGCAGAGCUCAAGUUUGGCAUGCUCCACGUCCAAUUUGCACAGUUGGUUCCUAUUACUGGCAAGGCAGAUAAGUCCUCGCCUACUAAGAGACUGAUACGUGUGUCACUGGGCCCUCUACCUUCCAUAUCGAAGCUGCCCAUCCUCGGAAAUCUGGACAUACCGUUUGAUGCGCUCGAGUUCCUCUGGGUCAGCACCAUGUUCACACCCGAGGAUAUUAGUACCCUUAACGGAAGUGCAAAGAUGUUCCAGGAGCAGCCAUUCAAGAUGAGAUCUGAAGACAAAGAGUUAUCUGAAGGUUUCCACUUCCGCCUUGUCGGUAGCCAGGGCGUCUUCCUUGACCAUGUCUUUGGCCAGGACAAGAAAGAGGAGAAGAAGAGUCCAGCAGGUGCAGUCGCUCCCGGCUCCAAGGCAACCCCUGCUCCUGUCCAAGAGAAGAAGCCAUCCACAGAAGCAGUUGUACCUGGUGGCGGUGGACCCGCGACAACAGCCGCGCUUGCGAAGAAGAAGGGGCCUCUCACUCUCUCGGGUAUCUCGUUGUCCUACGAGGACGGCGUCUUGCGUAUUCAUCUUGAUGCUAGUGUUCUCAUUGGGCCAAUUAGUGCUGGUAUCCAGGGUCUCAACCUUGUCGUCAGGCUCAAAUCCGACGAGAUCCGCGGAUUACACGAUAUUCUCCAUGUCCCUAUUGACGUCGAGGUAGAGGGUUUUGACAUGUCAUUCACACGUAUGCCGAUCCAAAUCGCAGGUGCUCUACACCACAAGCCCGGCACUAAAGCGUACUUUGGAGGUGUUGCUAUCUCAUUGAGCACAUUUUCUAUCGCAGCACUUGGCUCGUAUGAGCAAGUCCCAGCCAACACAGCAGCUGGUACACCAGAAUAUGAUUCCUUCUUCAUUUAUGCCAUGAUGGAGGGACUAAUUUUCACGAUGGGCUGGGCUGAGGUUCGUGGUCUCAUGGCUGGUUUUGGCUACAACUCUCGUCUCCGGCUACCUAACGUGGAGCAACUGUCCAAAUUCCCACUCAUCCAGGGAUUCGAAAAAGAAGGAGGCUUCAAUAUGAACCAGGCUAUACAGAACCUGACAGGCCCUGAUGCUUUCGUGACGCCUAGUAUGGGCUCCAUUUGGUUGGCACUCGGUCUUGUCAUCCGAGCUUGUGAGGCUAUCGACAUGCGUGCUGUUGCAACAGUGGCUCUCGGACCCAAUCAAACUGACAUUGGCUUGAUUGCUCGUGCAACCGCUACCCUUCCUCGACGUGCGAGCCCCGAUAAGGCUCUUGUUCUCAUUGAUCUCUCUGUGGUUGGAAAGCUCGACCUUGUCAAUGGCGAGCUCUCGGUUGACGGUCUCAUCAAUCCCACCUCUUUCAUUCUCAAUAAGGAUUGCAGACCAUCGGGUGGCUUUGCAAUCAGAAGUUGGUUCGGCAAGAAUAACCCACACUCAGGUGACUGGGUGGUCAGUUUCGGCGGCUAUCAUCCUAUGUACCAAGUUCCAGCGCAUUACCCUCGUCCACAGCGAUUAGGCAUCUCGUGGACGCUCAGCUCAAACCUCAGGGUCACUGGCAAUGCAUACGCAGCUAUUACACCAGGAGCCAUCAUGGCGGGAGGAAUGCUUCAAGCUGUCUUCUCCGCUGGUCCUCUUGGUGCACACUUUGAUGCCCAUGCCGACUUCCUGGUCAACCUCAAGCCGCUGUACUAUGUGGCCGAUAUGGCUGUGUCUGCGGGCGUGUAUUAUGAGCUUAGAGUCUGGUGCUUCAGAAAGAAGAUCUCUGUUAAUGUGGGAGCUUCUCUACACCUUGAAGGACCACCAAUCCACGGCAGAGUACACUUUGAUCUGUCCGUCGUUAGCUUCACCGUCAGCUUUGGUUCUGGAACAUCUGAGGGCAAGAAAGCGAUCAGCCUACGUGAGCUUAUGGAUCUUGUGCUACAGGAAGCAGGUGACACUCGGAGAAAGGAAGAUAAUGCGAUUCUUAACCCUCAUACAUUCACAGCUGUGUCUGGUCUUCUUGGCGAUGAUAAGAAGAAGAGUGACACUGUCAAUAAAGCCCCGCCUAACAAGGUGACUGCCGAGAAGGAGUGUUGGCACGUCCGCAGCGACAACUUCAUCUUUUCUGUUCGAAGUGCGGUACCGACCAACUCCAUUGGAAUCGAGGGUCGUGGUGCUUCGCAAUACACCGGCAACUCCAUUAUCAGCAGACCUAUGCAGAUGAAGAAGGACACAGGCGACUCUUCGAAGAUCAAGUCGACGCUGAGCGUCAGAGUCCAGAAUAAGGAGGGGGACAAGAUCGUUCCCUUCCGCGAAGUAGCCAAGGUUGAAGAUAAAUUGCCAGCCAACUAUUGGGGUCCCUACUCUGAGAACACAGCAGACUACAUGAGGCCUGAUAGGAUGCCCCCGACAGUCUCUCAUCUAGUUGGUGCGACUCUGGUGCCGCCACCACCCGCCGCUCCUGAGCAGUCCAUCCCCGUGUUCAAAUCCAUGCCAGAGACCUACCCAGCUUCGAAAUGGGAGCCCAAGAAAUUGGAGAAGCGAGUUCGUUAUCUAGAUCAUGCAAACGCUAGAGACAGCGUCAAGUGGUCUCGCGUCAAGGGUGCCAUGGGUUUGGAACCCGAGGCAAAGAGGGAGAAGCCUCCUAUGGACCCAAUCCUACUGACAGAGACCGGAGCGGCAAAGCUGGCUGCUGCUACCAAACCUCCCUUGACCAAACCAUACCGUCAAGGCAUUUUGGAUAGCUUCAUCAGCCUGGCCCACGGUGGUGAAGACGAGGAGAGCCGCAAGGUGCAGAAAGCCUACAAGGGCAUUGGUGAUAAUGUACCCGAUGUCAUCUUGAACGACCCCCAGCGCUUUUACAUCGGUCCUCCAACAUGCGUCUGUUUCAGCAAGCCCGGUUUCCUGCACCCUGGUCGGACACUCCUCUCUCUACACCCCGGGCGUGUGGCGACCCUCGAGCUGCAACUUUGCAAACUAUCGAUUCUCGGACCUAUACCCUUGGCUGUCCUGGGCACAGAAAGUCCUUUCGACUACCUCCCCGAACCGGACAACUCGAACAAGAUGGACUCUGGGGAUGAAGAUGAGAUCGUGAGGGGGCUCCUAGGAGAUAAGGCAAUAAAGAAAUUGAAGAAAAAGGAGGGCGGCUCUUAUUGGGAAAAAAGCCCAGUGAAAACCAGAAAGACUGUGAAUAAAAGUGGCUGGAAAUCGAACGGUUAUGGUGAAACUCUCACAUACGACUGCUUCAUGCCGACUGGGGAAAGCUACGAGUUCUUACCGUGUGCUCCUUGGCGGCUCGAGGCUGAGAAGGUCCUCGGUUAUCAAAGAUUUCGUGGAACUGACAGAAUCAUGGAAAUGGAGGGAUCCCCGGCGGCUAAAAACGGCCCCGAGAACGACUUCGUGCCAUACAAGCUGCUUUUGUAUAAGGGCUGGGACAACGAUAAACCAUUAGACGAUGACCGGCACCGUUUUGUGUACCUGGCAGAGAAUAAACCUGGAGAACCGGUAGUAGGUGACUGCUUCAUUCGACUGGAGGAAAUCCAUGAGCGUAUGAAAGGUGAAGCAACCGACUAUAUUGAUGAUUGUGCAAUGUACAACGAGCGGGCAGAGGCUCUUCACGCCUUAACAAUAGCGAAGGACAAAGACAAAAAGGAGGAAGCACUUGAAGACUGUAAAGAAUUACAGCGACAAGGCAAAUGGGGACUCAGGUUUCGCUGCUGGACUGCUGAAGGCAACGAAUGUACUGAGAGUGAGAAUAGGCUCCGCAACCGCCUUUUCACCAACAACGUCUAUCCUGCCAAUGACAAGUAUGAUCAUUUUGCCGUGUUUAGAGUCUGGGCAGAACUAUUGCGCAAGUCACAGGGCGACAAGUUAGCAGCAAAAGACUUCUUUGGUCGCUACUGGGAUGCCGUCAUUCCAAAUGAUUGGCGCCAUGUGUUCCAGGACGGGUUCAAGAUCAUCGUGGGAGAGAAAUAUUUCCACGAUCGCCGGCACGGCCCAUUGAACUAUCAGAACGGUGAUCACCGCAUCACUGUGAGAUCAGAGGUUCUCAAUGGGGUCCAACGUGCUGUGAAUGCACCUCGCCUCAAGUUCAAACCUCCCCUCUUCCUCGUUAAUGUCGUUUUCGAGGAUGAGUUGGGCGCACUUGGCAUUCAUCAGGGUACUUUUGCGCCGCGCUUCGACGAAGCUGGAUGGAGGUACCUUUAUGGUCAUCCAGGAAACCUUUACCAAAUCGUUGUGAACUUACCAGUACGGGAGUUCCUCUGUCUCGACACUCAUAAGAAGCCAUUCUGGGAGGAUGGAUAUGGUAACCCUCUACUGGAAAAUGCUCAGAAACUUCAAAAUCGUCUGAAUAAAUGUGGGAAGACAAAGGAAACAACAACUGUUGUCAACAAUACUUACAUAAAUGGCGUAAAGAACCAAAAGAGAUCCCCAACGCAGGACAGAUGUGUGGCUGAACCUGGAUAUUCUGCGAAUAUGGCCAUGUCGGAUGCAUAUCCAGCAUUUUAUGCUACCGGUGCCAUCGCGAAGAAACGAAGGGUCGCAGAGGUAAGCAUUGUCCAUUCUGGAUAUGAAGCUUUUGUUAAACGUCUCGCCUUCUACGGAAAUGCCUCCAACGGGAACGUCAAAGUAGACGAAAAUGUGAUGGUCAAAACAAAGAUCAAUUAUACGGAACUCGCAGGGCCACUGGAGACAUGGGUGGCUGGAGGCGAGCUCACCUGGUUAGCACCCGACCUUGGUUACGAGUACUACAACGCUAUGAACAGUAUACCUCACGUCUCUGUUAACCUGAGCUUUUGCCCUAUGAAUCGCGAGACUACUUUGUUGUUUCUAUCCCUUCUUGAUAGAUCUUUGGAGAAUCUGUGCUGGCAUUGGGAUUGCUGGGAUGUGAAUAAGGUUGUUGUUGAAGCGCUUCUUGAGUCUACUGGUAUGAAUGGGGAUCAAGAAGAGACGAACAAGGACGAGGUGAAGGAGAAGCUUAGACAAGCUACGGCUGGAGACCAAGAGGGUGCAUUGGACGCACAAGAUUUGAACAAUGCGGUUCAAAACCUGCUUCAGUAG